AGCACACAGAGAGAGCGGCUCGUGUCAGCGCAGCAGCGGCUCCGGCAGAGGGAGGAGAAAUCAGUUGGGAUACGAGUUGGGUUGUGUGCUUUUUCAUUCGGCUUUCGGAGAUACUUGCAUUUUCCUCUCAGAAGAUAUGAGACGAGUUGUACGGCAGAGCAAAUUCCGUCAUGUCUUCGGCCAGGCGGUGAAGAAUGACCAGUGCUACGAUGAUAUCCGGGUCUCGAGGGUCACGUGGGACAGCGCCUUUUGUGCAGUGAACCCCAAGUUUGUCGCCCUAAUUAUUGAGGCCAGCGGUGGCGGAGCAUUCCUCGUCCUCCCUCUGCACAAGACGGGGCGCAUUGAUAAAUCCUACCCCACAGUGUGUGGUCACACAGGCCCGGUGUUGGACAUUGACUGGUGCCCCCACAAUGACCAGGUCAUUGCCAGCGGCUCAGAGGACUGCACCGUGAUGGUGUGGCAGAUUCCGGAGAAUGGCCUAGUCACUUCCAUGUCUGAGCCAGUGGUGGUAUUGGAGGGCCACUCCAAGCGUGUGGGCAUCAUCACAUGGCAUCCAACAGCACGAAACAUCCUCCUUAGUGCAGGUUGUGAUAACCAGAUAAUCAUCUGGAAUGUGGGCACCGGUGAGGCCAUGAUCAACCUGGAGGACAUGCAUCCUGAUGUCAUUUACAAUGUGUGCUGGAACCGCAAUGGAAGCCUUAUCUGCACUGCCUGCAAGGACAAGUCCAUCCGUGUUAUUGACCCCCGCAAGCAGGAGAUUGUUGGAGAGAAAGAGAAGGCCCACGAGGGCGCUCGCCCCAUGAGGGCCAUUUUCCUUAGUGAUGGAAACAUCCUCACCACUGGCUUCAGUCGCAUGAGUGAGAGGCAGCUGGCUCUCUGGAAUACGCAAAACUUGGAGGAGCCAAUGACUGUCAAUGAGAUGGACACCAGCAAUGGAGUGCUUCUGCCCUUCUAUGACCCAGACACCAACGUCGUUUACCUCUGUGGAAAGGGAGACAGCAGCAUCCGUUACUUUGAAAUCACAGACGAGGCUCCUUAUGUUCACUUCCUGAACACCUUUGCCAGCAAGGAGCCCCAGAGGGGUAUGGGCUACAUGCCAAAGAGGGGCCUCGAUGUCAAUAAGUGUGAAAUUGCAAGGUUCUAUAAACUGCAUGAAAGAAAGUGUGAGCCUAUUGUGAUGACUGUGCCUAGAAAGUCGGACCUGUUCCAGGACGACUUGUACCCAGACACAGCUGGUCCAGAUCCUGCUUUGGAGGCUGAGGAGUGGUUUGAUGGUAAGAAUGGAGACCCCAUUCUCAUCUCUCUGAAGAAUGGCUACGUCCCGGGCAAGAACCGUGAAUUCAAAGUGGUCAAAAAGAACAUGUUGGACAACAAGGUCACCAAGAACUCAGAGAAGUCGAGCUCUUCCAACAAGUCCUCCCACCCAGCUCCAUCAAUUAAAUCUGAAGCCAAGCUGGAGGAGAUCUUGAAAGAAAUCAAGUCCCUCAAGGACAUGAUCAGCAGUCAAGAAAAGCGAAUCGUCCAACUUGAAGAGCAGAUGUCCAAACUUGCCAUUUAAGGACCCUUUUGCCCAACCCGCUACAAUUCAGGACGCUCCACUGGCUGGGGGUGGGGGUGGGCGGGAACACUCACUGCCUAUCUCAAUGACAGUGUUUCGUCUGCCUAGCAAAGAUCCCUAGCAACAUUCCAGAUGAACUUUUUCUUAGCCAGCUCCCAACCCUCAGUUUAAAACAGGUGGAAUAAGAAGAACAUGUGGCAGAUUUAGUAGAAAAUACUUUCUUUUUGGUGGCAAAGGACUAUUCCUUUUAUUCUGUGGCAGUCUUUUUUUUUUUAAUUGUGUCUACUUGUAUAAAAAGAUCUUACAUAAUUCUUUGCAUUUUAGAAUAAUGAUCAAGAAAACCAUGUCAACAGCCCCCACCCCCAAUUUAUCAUGGUAUAGCAUCAUGUUUUAUAAGUAGGCCUCAGUGUUUGGUGUUUGCCCUUCUCCAAAAUUAACACAUUGCCAAAUCUGGACUUUUGUUUACACUUCCUUAACAGUAUUUUUUUAAAGUACAGAAAGAAAAUCAGUGAUGCACUAUGAAAUUAAAAUUAUUUAAUUGGAUGGUUCUGAAAGAGAGACUGACAGAUUAAAUUUGUAGUUAAAAGAAAAUACAUUGCAGGUUGCCACAGCUGACACCAAACACUCAGACACAACCUUAAGUGACUAAUUCUUGCUGUCAGAAAUCCACACUUUGCCUCUGCUGUUUCCUUUCAUUCCUGUCGCUUUUCCAUCAUUCCGACUGUGGACGUAAUAGUCCAAGUAAACAUGCAUUCCUUUCUACCUUGCUUUACCAACAUGCACUCUGCACUUAUUCAAGAAAGUGACACAUUCCACAAUUCCUAUUGGCUGUUCUUGGUAUGAGGGGAAAAACACACUCACUGCGGUGACUCAGUUGCACUGCUUGGUUGUUGGGAUUCUUUAUGUGGUGCCCAUGGAAAGACGAGCUUUUGCAUUUUCAUUCUUUCUGCGAGGAAAAACUCCAACCCGAUUGUUUGGUUAUCCAUGUGUUUUCUCAGCACAUCACUGUAGUCAAGUGCAGUGGGCUUAUUUUUUUGUCACUGCUCUUUUGUUUGCUUUGCCAUCUGAUGUCUGCGUUUUCUGUACAAGCACAAAAGACAGUUUUCUAAAAUGACAUCAAAUAAUCCUGCAGCUACUUGACUGCUUUUAACCAUGUGAUGUUAAAGCUGGCUAGACCUCAAAGGCCUAAUCUGGGUCCUCAUGUCUCUGGCCUUUUAGGUACCAGCCACUGUAGACUUUCCACUACAGAGUUUUCCUUUUAAUUCAGAAGAAGUAAGUAGUUGGGUUAUUGCUUCAAUGUUCAAUUAAAUCCUGUUUCUUG